GAACGACCGGCCGCCCGCCACUUUACCACCGUACGUAGUCGUGGCAACGUCUUCGUACUUGCCACAUUCUCACUGCUGGGAUUCGCUCAAACAUUUUUGCUGCUACUGACCACACGUUAACCUCAACCAACUUGACCGCACAUUCACAAUCAUAUUCUUUGCUCUCCACACUUAACGUCAACGGAUCUACCAUUUUUUAUUCGCUACUGAAACUGGCAGGCUUCCUAGCCCAAUCGAGAUGUCGCUGCAAAUGGCAACAAUGGGAAAUGGCAAUAGUACCGCCAUCCCGAUAAAUACGCGACCCGACGACAUCCGGAAGCGCAUAAUCGGAGCUGAAGACAGUAAGGACAACGAAGGGACCACCACCUGUGGAAACAUCUUGGUAUUCCUUUCGUGGCUCAUCGUUGUUCUAACAAUGCCGUUUUCACUAUUCGUCUGCUUCAAGGUGGUUCAAGAAUACGAAAGGGCGGUCAUUUUUCGACUCGGUCGGCUUCUCUCCGGUGGAGCCAAAGGACCCGGGAUAUUCUUCAUUCUGCCUUGCGUCGAUUGCUACGCAAGAGUGGAUCUUCGUACGCGAACUUACGACGUUCCGCCUCAAGAGGUUUUGACGAAAGACAGUGUAACCGUGUCUGUCGACGCGGUCGUUUAUUACCGGGUGAACAACGCGACGAUUUCAAUAGCAAAUGUUGAAAAUGCUCAUCACAGUACAAGAUUACUUGCUCAAACGACUCUCCGUAACACGAUGGGAACUAGACCGCUUCAUGAAAUACUCAGCGAGCGCGAAACUUUGUCGGGAAAUAUGCAGAUGAGUCUCGACGAGGCUACCGAUUCGUGGGGCAUCAAGGUCGAAAGAGUUGAGAUCAAGGACGUCCGUCUGCCCGUCCAAUUACAGCGAGCUAUGGCUGCUGAGGCUGAGGCUGCCCGGGAAGCACGAGCCAAGGUUAUUGCCGCGGAAGGGGAACAAAAAGCCAGUCGAGCACUGAGAGAAGCGUCCGAAGUAAUCGGCGAUUCGCCCGCCGCGUUGCAACUCCGCUACUUGCAGACACUGAACACCAUUUCGGCUGAGAAGAACUCCACGAUCGUCUUUCCACUGCCUAUCGACAUGUUAACCUACUUCAUGAAGGCUCAGGAAGCGACGUCAUCGUCCUAAGUGUAGCGCGAUGCACGACGAGCACCGGAUCGUUCUCCGAGAAAUGUAGCUCUUUCUCUCAGUGGAAAAAUCCGGGAAAAUGGUCUCGCGUUAAUUUCGCAGUGGCAGACAUACUCAUCCAGCGUCGCUUCAAGCGAAUAAAAGAAAAUAACGAAUGAAAAAGGGAUGGGAUAAAUUUUUGGUCAUUUUAAGAGUACUUAAGAGUGCUGAAAGAGUUCAAAUCAACAGCGUGCUCAAAACAGUUCAAAUUAAUACUGUACGCGAGACAAAAUUUAAUUGCGGCUAUUCGUACGCCCGAGCGAUAUUCAAAUAUUCGGAAAAAACGGAAGCUGCUUUCGUUAGCUCUCAUUGCCGCAUAUUUGACAUUUUGCACGCAUACACGUGUGUCAUCAACGCAUAAUAUAACUCAUUAAUGUACAACUAUCCUUUUAAUGAUGUAUCAACAAUUUAAUCUUUAACUAUUGAAAAAUUGUAUUUGUACGCGCGGUGCGCUGCAUAUUUUUCUCGUUUCUAGUCUUUACCCGGUGAGUGUGCAGAGUGCUCAAAUUCCGUUUUCCAAUGUUUAUCUUCUGAGAAUACUCACGUUGCGAAAGCAGGAUACUUUUCGUUGUUUCGAUCACGACAGAUCAAAUGUCGUGCAUCUACUUUUAUUGGUUCGUUCCUGUAACGAAUCAACGAUAACAAGAAUCGAUUGCUCUCCACUUAUGCGGCGAUCUAAUUCCUCGAUACUUUGCAGUAUUUUUUUUCCCUUGAGGUUUCGUAGUAACAUUGUUCGAAUCUAAAUAUUUUCAUCGAGUUUCGAUCGUUUUUGUAUGUUGUCACGAAAUACAAACGUUUAAUAAAAAUGUCCGCGAUGCGAA